ACAGUUGUGCUUAUCUUCGUUAUCGAACUGGAGCGUGCGAAUGGUGAUGAGCCGAUGACGGGAACCAGCGAGUCUGCGACGAAGACGUGAACAGCAGCCUUGCCACCGACGUCGUCCGCCACUCCGCGCUUCUUCUCUCGAAUCCGGCUCAGGUGCUCUGCCUCCGGCCCUCCGCACUAAGCCUCUGGCCGACUGGCCCUUCUUCACUGCUCAAUCAGGUGUUUGUGAGUGCUUAGUAACAUGGAAACUUUUUCCAAAGGUUGGAAGUGAGUUAAUUGGAUGCCCAGCUUUUUCGGGGGAGGAUUCCUGUGAGAUAGAGCUUUCAGGAGAGAGAAAAGAACAACACCAAACCGUCCAUUUGUCUAAACUUGCGGCUCGGAUUACAUAUUAUGCCAAUUAAAAAAGGCACAUGAUACGUGCGUGCAAAAAUAAAAAGGAGGAAACGUGCAUUGAGAAUCCAACUUAAGGGUAUAUUGGUAAAAGGCAGUUGUGAUUAAUUAGGGCGGUUGGGGCGCACGAAUUCCUCUAUAGCAACAAAUCCCGAUUAAUGUGCCGCUAUAUUUCAAAAAGAAGAGUUCCUUCCUUGUGCAGACUCCUACUCAGAAACGAACAGAGGUCGAAGAACUAAAGAAGGAAGGCGGCCACGAGCUGCGAAACUCUAGGUAGGCUUCGAAUGAGAAUGACAACCGCCAAUGAAAGCGAGCAUCAGGAAGUGCGAAGAGUGCUAUAGGUAGUAGAGAAGCAAAGUUGCAGGUGGUGAUGAACAAAGCAACCCAGUGCGAUUACUAUCUCAUGCACUAUUGCACUAUGUACAGUGACUCAAAAAGUGCGAUUACUAUCUCAUGCAACCCAGUUCAUCAUUCUCGCACUAAGCACAUUUACCUGAGAUUCCACUUCCUCAAAGAUCAUAUUGAAAAAGGUCAUUUGGACCUAUACUUUGUGUGCACUGAGCUGCAACUGGCUGAUCUAUUCACAAAAACUCUGGACGAGAAAAGAUUUCAGUUCCUGGUCUCUAAACUAGGAAUGCUGAAUUUGGAAUUUUGAUACCGUGCACAAGUAUAGGGGGAGUUUUUAGUUUAAGUUUUUCUUUAAUUUUAUUUUUUGUUGUGUCAUUUUUUUUGAGUCAGUUUCUUGAUCUGUUAGUCUGUUUCCCUAAAAAUGUGCAAACAUUAAGGGGGAACAAAAUUAGUCUGGUCUGAGUGCUACAAUUGAGGGGGAGUAUUUUAAUUUCUUUUAGUAUCCGCAAUUUUUGUCAUAAAUUAGAAAAUCACAAAAAUAUUUUUUCUCUUUUAUUUUGAGUCAGUCUAGGAAUUUUAGUCAGUUAAAUUGAGUCAGUUUCCAAAAUCAAAAAAAGGCAAAAAGAGUUUUUUUUCCGCUGAGUCACUGUCCAUCAUCUUGCUCACCGAUCAUCUUCUCAAAGCUUCAAAGGUUUUAUCUCCUUUUAUUUGCAUGCGUGUGUGAGUAAGUGUGUUUUGCAGGUAUUAAUCCAAGAACGACGAUGAGGAACCGGCUCAGACCACCGGAAUCCCACCUCGCCGUCGUCAACAUCUCUCUUCUCCGACAAUCUUCACCUUCUCAUCCUCAAAAUUUUCACCUCUGAUGACUGUCCCUUGUUUCUCAAAUCCAUAACCAAAAGGCUUUCAUAUUCACGCUCUUCGAAUUCUGAGAUUUCAAGUCUUCCGAAAUUCUCAGAUCCGAUAUCCCAAUCUCGAAACACGAACCAAGUCGAAUUCACCUUCCCGAGAUUCGCCGUUCCGAAAUCAUCCCUAUGCAAACCUAAAUCCGAGCACCCGAAAUCUUUCUCUUCGAAAUCCCUUUUUCUGAAAACCUUAUCUAAAAUUCUUUGACCUGAAUUCCCAUCCUGAGAUCUGAAAUCCUUAGUUUGACUCGGGAACCCGAAAUCUUGUCUGAAAUCUUUUGUCCCGAAAUCAUUCCUUCCAGAAUCCUUCAAUCCAAAAUCCCAUCCCUCGAAAUUCUCCUACCCGAAAUUCCUAAGACCCGAAAUCUUUAAAGACCAAGUCAUUCCAAAAGCAGAGCCCAUUUGAUCCUUAAACAAUCAUAGCCCAAAAUCAAUUUUUCUAAUCACAAGUGUUUUAAUUUGUGCACUACAGGCAAAAUGGCAUUCAUCACUGAGGAAGAAGUGUAUCCAAAGGACAGUUGGAUUGAAAUCAAGGACAACAAUUUUCUAAUAGACCCCACUACAUUCAAAUGCCAAGAAAAAGUGGUGGUAUCCAUUCUCAAAGGGCACCCAUUGUGGCAAGCACACAUCAUAUCUGCCAAAGUGCCCAAUAUCUACUUGCGAUAAUUCUGGGGCACAUUCACUUCUACAGAAAACACUCCUAUCCCCACAUUUCAAGCCCAAAUAGCCAACUCCACUGUUCAAAUCACCUAUGAUACCAUAACCCCAUCAUUUGACCCUUUUCCUGCUGAUAAAGACAUACUCACCGACAUUCUGAAGGUUGGCCACCCAUCUCCUUUGACCCAAUUUUCUGAAUUCUACGGCAACCUUCUACCCCGACCAUGGAGAACCCUAUUCUACAUCCUCAACAAGUGCCUCUCGCCAAAACAAUCUGGUCAUGAUCGCUGCAACAUUCACUUUCUCAAGCUAGUCCACGGGGUGAUAUUUUCAAAGAAUUAUGAUUGGGCACAGCUGAUCUGGAUGGAGCUUCUCGAACAACUCAAAUUAAGGAGAUACAACAGCAAGACCAAGUACAUCCCUCAUCAAUUUCAUGAAGACGGACUCCAACAUUCCAAGAAGACCAGAAGCAGAGUUGCUUGAACUUCCGAUGACGAAGUAUCUAAAGAACACUGAGGACAAAGUUCAAAUGCAUCCAAUGCCUAUUCCAGAGGUACUACUCAACCUUGCUGCUCCAAAUGAUCCGCAUGUCGCUGAAUACAAGAUUAGUAUCUCUUCUAUCCCUACGACGCAGUCAAACCCCACUGUGUCUACCCAAGGGACUUAUAGCCGAGUGGAAGUAAGGGUCCGAGAGUGACUAAACCAAAGAAGAGGGCAGGUGAGACUCAGUCCAAGAGAGCUGAUGUCUCCUCCUCUAAUGCUGUAAUUGUUACAUCACCAUCAGUCACUGAAAUACACUGAACUCAGCCCAUAGGUACAGGUUCUGACGUUGUCAUUUCCCAAGUAGAAGUCGCUACAUUGAGUUCAAUAGCGCAAAAUGAGCCAAUCCUAGACCACUCAACUGUCUCCCAACAGAUAGUUGUUUCAAUCCCACAAGGGGAACCCAUCAGUGAACCGCCCACACUGCUACCCAAUGCACGUUAGGUCAUGUAUCCACAUUCCCAGAAGUUUUAUCAUUCUCUAGGGCACAACCUUCUACAUCUGCACACACUGAUACAGGCUCAUUACCACCUAUCAUAACAACCAGAGGUAUGCCAAUGAUGGUUGGAAGUCCUGCCACACUGAUCUCCCCAGCAGGCCAUGGCACCGCUAUUCUUAGUGAUGCUGUGAGAACUGAUACUUCUUUUAGGUCAAGUUUUUCUUCCUUUGCUAGUUUAACUAGGAGGAUCUAAGGUCUGAACUUCUAUCCUUCAAGCUUUCACUCUUACAAGACCUACGUCCUGUAGUCCCAACAGGCGUAGCAGACCAAGGAUCACACCCAACUCCCUGCAUAGGAACUCUUCCAUCUACCAUCACACCCACCUCAAUAAUACCCACAUGCGCUCCAUCUACCUCUCACCCUGACCCAAAACAAAUGAACAUUCUUGAUUUAUCCGAGUACUUCCUUGAUAGACUCCUAUCUGAACCCAUCCUCCCACCUCACCUAAUUCAAGUACGAAACAUCCUAGCCCUCACCCCUCCAUUCAUCCCUACUACCACCUGCCGUGAUCAAGAACGCUUGCCUAAGCGUAAGCAUGAUGACACCUACGAUUCGGAUCAUCAUGACGGGGAGAAAAGGCAACAUGCUUGUGAGCAAACCACAUCUCAAUCCAUCAUUCCAUCCUCCACUAGCUCUGAACCAUCUACAUCUUUUCAGCCUAAACCCUCAAACUCUACCGCACCCAAUGACUCACUAGCCUUAAUCGUUUAUCAUCCUUUCGAGCCCAUAAACACUGAGCCAGGACUUUGUGUCCUCUCGAGAACUUCUAUAGGCUCAUCCUUCAUGGAUGUUGACCAAGGAUUGGAAGGAAGUCCUGACAAUGCAACAUAUGAAUCACCAUUGUCUUCAGGCCAUCGGAACAAGCUAGUCUCUAGUAUGAUGAAAACGAUAAGUCUUUGUGACUCCGGUGUUAUGUUACCCACUACUACUAUGAGAGAGAAACAUAUUCUUCUAAGUCCGUUUGUAUACCAAUUCCAGCUGAUCUACCAUCGUCAUCCAAGAAAGAAGGUUCAAAGAGAAAAGAAAGAGAUCUAAAAGAGAAAGCUACUGAUCUGAUAUAACUCGACUGGAUAGAAGAUAAUGAGAAGGACGAACUUCAAAAGAUGAACAAAGAAGAAGCUCUUAGCCAGCUGAAUUUCAUACGAGAAGUCAAGAAGACUGCUGCUGAAAACUUAAUGGGACUAGACUCUGAAGAAAUAGCUCAAGGAGAAUUCUACGAUGAUCCACUUCCUGAUUUUCACAUAGUCAAGGAUCUGAUCAAGACGCACCCAAAGAAAUUCAAUACAGAAGACAAUUUAGAGACACCUUGGGAAAACGUCAAGAUAAUUGUGCCAUAUCAAGAAGUUCUGAGACCCAGAAUUUGGAGAAGUGAAAAAAGAAUCAAGAAGAUUGACGAGCUAGAACUCAGAGGACUUGAACAUUUAGAAGGAACUGCUGCUUCCGGACAUAUAUGGAUGCUACGAAACAUGCCUGCCGAUCAGAAUGAUCCUUAUGGACACCGCAAAAGAUUAGUCAAGCAUUUUGAUUCUAUGAUCAUUGCUAUUCGAGCUAUUGAGAUACAUCAUAUUGGAAAAGAUACGUUCUAUCCAAUUUAUGAGUUUGAACGACAAAACGGCAUAAUCCAAAGAGCAUCUGAAGCUGACCUGUACUACUUAGUUUCUACUGAUUUGAUUCAAUUAUUCUACGAGUACAGAUACGUCAACUUUAGAGAACUUUCUCAAAAGGACAAAGAUCUAGGCCUUAAUGCACUCAAGAGAUUCAUGAUGAGACAAGUCAAAUACUAUUCACUCUUCGAUUUGCAAAUGGCCAUAGAAAACAAUUUUCCAAAAGUGAACAUGUCUGCACCAAGAAAUAGAGCUCCCUGAGUCGAGAAUUUUGAAGAAGGCACCAUUGUCACACAACCAGAGAUAGGACUGAUCUACAAAGACUACAAAGGCAUCAAGCGAGUCCUACUCAUGAAUGAAAUUCAAAAAUAUUGUGAUGGUACACUGAGAAUCAUAGAAGACCAUUUGGGAGAAGCUGCACUGAAGCUACAAAAUUCUGAAGAUCCAGUUGACCCAGUCCAGAUUGCUCUUAUUGCAGAUUUUCACGAAGCUGUAGGAGUUAGACUUGAUUUCAGAAGUACCCUCAGACAUUAUGAAGUCAUCCUAGGCUAUCGGAAGUCAUUGUACAAGACUCAGAGAUAAUCCGUGCUCCAUCAACAUUUGAAUACAAAGGGGGAGAAUGUUAGAAUAUUAUUUUAUUGUGUUCAAAUUAAUUGUAAUUUAAUUAAUGAGUCUUUGUAUUUAAUUAGAUUAGCUGAGAGAGAAUUAGGUCUGAUUUAAAAGCACUACAUAGCCCACACGCACGGCCCAUAUUAUUUCCUAAUUGUAAUAGGGCUGAUCAAGUCUCUCACCUAUAAAUAUAGGAUGAGAUGGCCGAAUCAGCUCUGGAAGUCUCUACACAUUCUAUUCCGCAUAUUAUUCUCUGUAGAGCCAGUAGACUAGAAUUUCUCUCUCUAGCUGAUACGUUCGAGUACUGUGUAAUUGUUCUUCAUGACUACAUCAUUCUAUAUACACGGUAUACAUUAUUAAUGAAAUUUCUCUUCUACUGUUUUAAAUACUAUUCAAUAUUAUUAGAUUAUUCGACUGUUGUAUCUGGGCAUAUCUCACACAUGGAGUUUGCACACGAUCUGCUACCGAGAAUGAAUGUCUGUUUUCCUAUUUCCUAAGUCAAAUUGAGUCUACUCAUGUCACUGAAGCGUUAGUUGAUCCUGAUUGGAUAAUCGCCAUGCAAAAAGAAAUCAAUCAGUUUGAGAGACUGAAAGUCUAGUCACUUAUGUCUCGUCCCCCUGGAAAAUCAAUCAUAGGCACUAAGUGGAUCUUCAAGAAUAAGAAAGAUAAGGACAUGAUCUUGAUUCGUAAUAAGGCCCGUCUGGUUGUGAAAGGUUAUAAUCAACAAGAAGGCAUCGACUACAGUGAGACGUUUGCUCCAGUUGCACGCAUUGAAGCCAUCCGACUGUUCAUGGCUUAUGCUGCACACAAGAACUUCACCAUCUAUCAAAUGGAUGUCAAAACAGCAUUUCUAAACGGGAUCUUGAAAGAAGAAGUUUAUGUUGAUCACCUGGAAAGAUUCAUCAGUGAGAAAUAUCCAGAUUACGUCUAUCGUCUCGAUAAAGCUUUGUAUGGAUUCAAACAAGCCCCGAGAGCUUGGUAUGAGGAAUUAUCUUAUAUCCUGGUUGACUCUGGCUUCUCUAAAGGAACGAUUGAUACUACUCUAUUCAUUAAGCGUCAUGGAUCUGACAUCAUCUUGGUCCAGAUCUACGUUGACAGCAUCAUUUUUUGUUCCACUGAUCGGGCCUUCUGUACUGCAUUUGGAAUUCUGAUGCAAUCUAAGUUCGAAAUGAACAUGAUGGGUGAAAUGAAUUUCUUUCUUGGACUGCAAGUUAAACAACUGCCUGACGGAAUCUUUAUUCAUCAGUCCAAGUACAUUCAUGAUUUGCUGAAGAAAUACGGUCAAGAAAACAGCACUCCUGUGAAAACCCCGAUGACUCCUGCCUGCAAGCUUGAUACUGAUCCAUCGGGAAAGUCUGUUAAUGUUACCACUUAUAGGGGAAUGAUUGGUUCAUUGUUGUAUCUGACCUCGAGCCGACCUGCUAUUAUGUUUGCUACUUGUCUCUGUGCUCACUUUCAAGCAAAUCCAAAGGAAUCCCAUCUGUUGGCUAUGAAACGAAUUCUGCGUUAUCUGAAAGGAACUCCUAAUCUUGGACUCUGGUAUCCUACGGAGACUGCAUUUGAUCUGAUUGCAUUCACUGAUGCCGAUUUCGCUGGGUGUAAAUUGGAUAGAAAGAGUACUGCUGGUAGUGCUCAAUUUCUUGGAGAAAAGCUGGUAUGUUGGUCCUCAAAGAAGCAAAAUUAUGUGUCUACAUCUACAGCGGAGGUUGAAUAUGUUGAUGCUGCUAGUUGUUGUACACAUGUAUUCUAGAGUGACUUUGGAUUCUACUUUGACCACAUUCCCAUCUACAGUGACUCAAAAAGUGCGAUUUCUAUCUCUUUCAACCUUGUCCAUCAUUCUCGCACUAAGCACAUUGACCUGAGAUUCCACUUCAUCAAAGAUCAUAUUGAAAAAGGUCAUGUGGACCUAUACUUUGUGUGCACUGAGCUGAAAUUGGCUGAUCUAUUUACAAAAGCUCUGGACGAGAAAAGAUUUCAGUUCCUGGUCUCUAAACUGGGAAUGCUGAAUUUGGAUUUUUAAACCGUGCACAAGUAUAGGGGAGUUUUUAUUUUUUGUUUUUGUUUUUAUUUAAAUUUUUGUUGAGCCAGUUUCUUGGUCGGUUUUCCUAAUAUGUGCAAACAUUGAGGGGGGGGGGGGGGGGGGGGGGGCAAAGUUUGUCAGUCUGAUCUGAGUGCUACAAUUGAGGAGUAUUUUAAUUUCUUUUAGUAUCCGCAAUUUUUCUCAUAAAUAAAAAAUCACAAAAAUAUUUGUAUUUUAAUUUGAGUCAGUUUAGGUUUUUUUUGUCAGUUAAAUUGAAUCAGUUUCCAAAAUCAGAAAUUCCAAAAAGAGUUUAGUUUUUCUUUUUCGCGGGUACAUAAAGGCUGAACCGUUUCGUCAUCAUCUUCCUCUCACUUUCUAAAUUCAUAACAAAGCACUCAACGACCUUUCUUCUUCAUCACCGAGUUUUUCUUCUCAAAGAUACUUCAAGGUUGGCAUUUUCUUCUUUGUACUUUUGCAUGUGUGCGUGUGUAUUCUGUUUGCAGGUUCACCAAGAAGAAACGAAGUGGAGGAAUCCGGAAAUAACCACCGGAAACCUCCCUCCCCGUCGAUGGUCAAAACCAUCUCACCAACUUCCACCCUUUGAUCCAAAGAGCCUCCAUAGCCAAGAAGCUUGACAUCUGUUAGUACCCAAUUUUGAUAGAUUUUGAUGAUGCCACUACACUUAGCACGUGUACAUUGUAUCUCAAUAUUGUUCGUAUGUUAGCAUUCAAAAUUAUGUGAUAAAAUAAAAUGUACAAUUUUUGAGUCAAUUUGAAUAUUACCAGAAAAAUUAAAAUGCAAUAAGGUAAUUUUUAUUUACCUUAAUAGGAUAUUUAGAUCCUACCGGUAUAUAUUAUUUUAGCUCAAAAGUUAACUAUAUGUCACAUUAUUAAAGAAAAGAAGCUCGGAAAUUAUAUACAUUGAAUGUAUAUGAUUGAAGACAAAAAAUUGACUGGCAAUUAAUACAUGAGACCGGAGCAUAGGACGUAUGUAUUAUUAUGAGAAGAUUUUCCGAAGAGAUGCUUCAGCGGCUGAGAUACUCAAGACAAAUAAAUCAUCCCAAAUAAAUGCUCCAGCACAAGAAGACGAAUGUACAAUUCGUCCUUGCAAGAAUUUCAACGUCAGAGAUUAAUUCAUCCUAAGCAACGGAUGAGAUUAAUCCAAAGGAGAAGCUUAUAAAUAUAGGCUGAAACGAAAGUUUCUAACCAAGCUUUGAGCAUCCAAAGAGAGAAAUUCUUU